GUGGGGCGUCAUUGAUUGGCCAGACUGAUAGCGGUAGUAACCCACGGUAUAUGGGAACCAGGGUUCUGAUAGUGACUGCAGAGGUUCAGCUCUGGUCCUGGACGGGUUGGUUCUCCAACUAAAGGAGCCUGCACGAUCAUGAAUCAGUCUGAGGAGACAGAGGAAGGAGUCCACCUCACUACAACCACUCUGCAUGGGCAGGCAGACAUCCAGACCGAACCUCAGAGGCAACAGCAGCAGCAUGGAGAGGACUCUUCCAGACCUGGACCAAGCUCUGAGUCUGUGACGAGUGACUUUUCAAUGGACGUCAACGUUGAUUCUUCUGAUCAACAGCAGGAGCAUGGAGAAGAUUCUUCUGGAACUGGACCCAUCUCUGAGUCCAUCAGGAGUGACAUUUCAAAGGAAAUUAUUAUAGAUUUUUCAGGUAAAGACAUGCCAGAGGUUGACAGCGUUCAGCCUGCCCAGGAGCCUCCCAUUGAGCUGGACGUAAUAUUUUCGGAGGUCAAAAGCAACAUUGACGCUUUUGUGGAGGAUCAAAUAAGGCAGAGGCAUCAGGAGGUUCUGAAUUCAAAUUCACAACACUUAGAGACGCAGAGGGAGGACGACGGUGGCAGCAGAGGGGCAUUUCUGAAGAUCUUGGUGCACUUCCUGAAGGAUAUGAAUCUGGAGGAAUUGGCUAACAUACUGCAGAACAGAGGUAAAGCUGCAGCUUAUCAGCAUCAACUCAAAUCUGAUCUGCAGCAAAGAUUCCAGUGUUUGUUUGAGGGGACUGGAAACCAAACUCCUCUGAACCAGAUCUACACAGAGCUCCAGAUCACAGAGGGAGAGGCUGAAGAGGUCAACAAAGAACAUGAAAUCAGACAGAUUGAAAAAGCAUCCAGGAAACUAAUCAAAAGAGAAACCAUUAUCAGAUGUGAAGACAUGUUUGAACCCUCACCUGGAAGAGGCAAAGCAGUCAGAACAGUGAUGAUGAAGGGAGUGGCUGGCAUUGGCAAAACAGUCCUAACACAGAAAUAUGCUCUGGACUGGGCUGAAGACAAUGAACUGUGUGGUCCUGGUCAGGACACACAGUUCAUAUUUCCAUUCACCUUCAGAGAGCUGAAUGUGCUGAACAACAAAGAGUACAGCUUGGUGAAACUUCUUCAUGACUACUUUAACUUUGACAGCAAAGAAGCAGGUAUCUGCAGGUUUGAAGAGUUCAAGGUUGUGUUCAUCCUUGAUGGUCUGGAUGAGUGUCGAUUUCCUCUGGACUUCCAAAACAAUGCGAUCCUGACUGAUGCUACAGUGUCGACCUCUGUGGCUGUGCUGCUGACAAACCUCAUCAGGGGGAAACUGCUCCCCUCUGCUCGCCUCUGGAUAACCACACGGCCUGCAGCAGCCAAUCAGAUCCCAGCUAAGUGGAUCGACAUGGUGACAGAGGUAAGUGGUUUCACCAACCCACAGAAGGAGGAAUACUUCAGUAAAAGAUUCAAAGAUAAGGAGCAGGCCGACAGAAUUGUCUCCUAUAUCAAAAAAUCACGAAGCCUCUACAUGAUGUGCCGCAUCCCAGUCUUCUGCUGGAUCAUUGGGUCAGUUAUAGAGCAUUCUUUGAAAACUGAACAGGAGGCAGUGCUGCCCAAGACCCUGACUGAGAUGUACAUCUACUUCCUGGUGGUUCAGUCCAAACUGAAGAACAUCAAGUAUCAUGGAGGAGAUGAGACGGAUCCACACUGGAAUCCAGAGACGAAAAAGAUGAUUCUGUCUCUUGGAAAACUGGCUUUUGAGCAGCUGCAAAAAGACAACAGGAACUUCUAUGAAUCAGACCUGACAGAGUGUGGCAUCGAUGUCAAAGCAGCCUCUGUGUUUUCAGGAGUAUUGACACAGAUCUUUAGAGAGGAGAUUGGGGUGCAUCAGGAAAAGGUCUUUUGCUUUGUUCAUUUGAGCGUUCAGGAGUUUCUGGCUGCUCUUUACGUCCAUCUGACAUUCAUCAACUGUGGAAACAACCUGCUGCUGUCAGAAGAACAACUGAUCUUCAAUGAGUCUAAGACAGUAAAUGUAGAAUUUGCAGUGGUACACUUCUACCAGAGUGCAGUGGACAAGGCCUUAGAGAGUCCAAAUGGACACCUGGACCUGUUCCUCCGCUUCCUCCUGGGCCUUUCACUAGAGACAAAUCAGACUCACAUAGGUGGCCUUCAGGCACAGACGGGAGGCAGUGCACGGAUCAAGAAGGAAACAAUCAAAUACAUCAAGUGGAAGAUUGAAGAGAAUCCCUCACCAGAGAGGAGCAUCAAUCUGUUCCACUGUCUGAAUGAGCUGAAUGACCACUCCCUGGAGGAGGAGAUCCAGGCAUUCCUCAGUUCUGGAAAAAUCUUGAGUGGGAAUCUCUCUCCCGCUCAGUGGUCAGCUCUGGUCUUCAUCUUACUGACAUCAGAUAAGGAGCUAGAUGUGUUUGACCUUAGCAAGUAUUCAGCCUCUGAAGGAGCUCUUCUGAGGAUGCUACCAGUGGUCAAAGCUUCCAAGAAAGCUCUGCUGAGUGGCUGUAACCUCUCAGAGACCAGCUGUGAAGCUCUGGCCUCAGCCCUCAACUCAGAGUCCUGUAAUCUGAGAGAGCUGGACCUGAGCAACAAUGACCUGCAGGAUUCAGGAGUGGAGCUUCUCUCUGAUGGACUGAAGAGUCCUGAUUGUGCACUGGAAACUCUCAAGCUGAGUCUGUGUAACCUCUCAGAGAGCAGCUGUGAAGCUCUGUCCUCAGUUCUGAGCUCAGAGUCCUCUAGUCUGAAAAACCUGGACCUGAGCAACAAUGACUUACGGGAUUCAGGAGUGGAGCAUCUCUCUGCCGGACUGCGGAGUUCACAGUGUACACUGGAAACUCUUAGGCUAACUGGUUGUCUGAUCACAGAGAAAGGCUGUGCUUCUCUAGCCUCAGCCCUGAGCUAUAACCCUUCCCAUCUGAGAGAGCUUGACCUGAGCUACAAUCAUCCAGGAGCAACAGGAGAGAGGCUGCUGUCCGUUGGACUUGAGGAUCCAAGCUGGAGCCUGAACACUCUCAGGGUUGAGUCUUGUGGAGAACAAAGGUUGACACAAGGUCUGAAGAAAUAUUUCCGUGAACUCACUCUGGAUCCAGACACAGCAAACAGAAACCUCAUACUGUCAGACAACAACAGAAAGGUGACAUGGGUGUUAAAUGACCAGCCAUACCCUGUUAUCCCAGAGAGAUUUGACUACUGCUGUCAGUUGUUGGGUACAGAGGGUCUGACUGGCCGCUGUUACUGGGAGGUGGAGUGGGAAGGAGAGGUUCUUAUAGCACUGAGUUACAGUGGAAUCAAAAGGAAAGGAGGCCUAGCUGACAGCAGGUUUGGAGGGAAUGAUCAGUCCUGGAGUCUGUGCUGCUCUGCUGGUGGUUACUCUGUCUGGCACAAUAACAGAGAAAUCAACCUCCCCCUCUCUCCCUCCUCUGAUUCUGUUAACAGAGUAUCAGUGUAUGUGGAUCACAAUGCUGGCACUCUGUCCUUCUACAGAGUCUCCUCUGACACGCUGAUCCACCUCUACACUUUCCAAAACCAGUUCACUGAACCUCUGUUCCCCGGGUUUGGGUUCUUGUUUGGUUUUAGAGUCUAUCCUGGGUUCUCAGUGUCUUUGUGUCCAAUGUAGAAUCUUUUCCAGUACAGGGAAACCCUCACACUCCAGUAAAUAGAUCAGUCUAUACAGAUUUCCUGCACACACACUGGAUGCACACACAAAUGAAUGCAGGAUUGAGCUUAUAUUUUGGACUGGUCAGUAGUUUUAGGCCAGUCUUCAUUUUGGUCUUAGAUUAGUCCAAUGCAAGUUAAACAGUUUCACAAAAAUAAGACUCAUUUUGAAGCCUAAAGGUUAACCAGCCUACCUGAACGCCUAACUCAGAACUAAGAGAUAACUAAUAAACAAUCAGUGACACCUGCUGACAGGUUGCAUCAAAUGACAAAAAGUAGAAAAACAUUGCUCACAGUUUGGUUUUUGCUAACUAUAUUGUCAAGUGAGUAUAGAGGAGGAAAGAGUUUUUAGAGAAUGCAAUAAUUGUAAAUAUACAGCCAUGAGGAUAUUUCAG